AUGAUGGCAGAAAAUGAUAGCGAGAUUCUGGCUGUUACUCGGGUGUAUGUGUCAGGUUUACCUCCCUCGUUGACCAAAGAUCAACUGCGGUCACAUUUUGCAGACAAGUAUCCUGUUACAGAUGCACAUGUUAUCCCCGAUCGUCGUAUAGGGUUUGUUGGUUUUACCACCCACGAGAAUGCUAAAAGCGCAGCCAACUAUUUCAAUAAAACCUUUAUCCGAAUGUCCAAGAUUUCUGUGACGCUAGCCAAGCCGGUUGAAGUCAGACGUGACCCCUCGGGCCAGGCUGCUCCUGUCUCCCAACGUUCCUUGCGCCAUAAGGAAAGGAACCAAGAUGGUGCCGAGCUGUCUUCGAAAAAGAGAAAGCGAGACAUACAUGACACUGGGGAGAAUGAUCAGCCUACGGCAUCGAGUACCAACAUCAAGCUGGACGCGCAUGGUCAACACCAAGAAGGGGUCAAUCCAUCUGACCACGUCAUGACUUCAGAAAACAAUACAAUGGACGUAGCAGAAGACGCUCCCAGGUCGGAUACGGACUGGCUUCGAGGCAAAACCAGCAGGCUGCUCGACCUUGUUGAGCAGGAAGGGCAGGACUCCCACACAGCUCUUGACAACGCUCCGGUGACCAAUGAAACGGUGCCACACGUUGUUGAAGAUGCAGCGGGAAGCGAGGACAAGGCAAACUCAGACGCUGAGGCUCGAACAGGAAGCACUGCUACCGUCUCGAUACCGAACGCACGACUCUUCAUACGAAAUCUGCCGUUUGACGCUAAGGAGGGAGACCUGAGAAAAACAUUUGCCCCAUUUGGGAGGGUUUCAGAGGUACAUAUCGUCACAGAUACUCGAAAACUGACAGGGAAAGGUCUUGCUUAUGUCCAGUUCGUGGAACCUGCGGAUGCCGAGAAGGCUCUUCUCGAACUGGAUGGCCGGGAUUUCCAGGGUCGCCUCAUGCACAUACUUCCAGCCUCGGAGAAGAAGGUGCAAAAGCUCAGUGAGUAUGAGCUGUCGAAACUACCACUGAAGAAGCAGAAAGCCAUCAAGCGCAAAAACGAGGCCACAAGCUCAACCUUCAGCUGGAAUUCCUUGUACAUGAAUCCUGAUGCGGUACUUGCAUCGGUCGCCGACCGAUUGGGAGUCUCUAAGUCGGAAUUACUAGAUCCAUCAUCGGCAGAUGCAGCAGUAAAGCAGGCUCAUGCGGAAACAAGCGUGAUUAAAGAAACAAAGGAUUACCUGAAAUCGAGCGGGGUGAACAUUGAUGCUUUCAAAAACCGGUCUCGUGACGAUAGGACCAUUCUCUUGAAGAACUUCUCCUUUGGUACAACUUCGGAGGAGUUGUCGCAGAUGCUUAAUCAAUAUGGCGAUCUUGAACGCUUGGUAUUCCCGACAACUGGCGUUAUGGCGGUAGCACAGUACCGGGAUCCUGCUGCGGCAAGUCUGGCCCUGAAGCAGCUCGCAUACAGAAACCUAAGAGGCUCGGUCCUGUAUCUGGAAAAAGCCCCUGAAGGCUUAUGGGAACAUGCAGCACCCUUGCCAGCUGAUCUCGGUACACAGACGCAACAAGUGCCAGAAGAUGCAGAAAGCAAAACCCUCGGCAGCACCUUUACAGUAUUUGUGCGCAACCUUAACUUCUCCACAACGACUGCACGGCUCAGUGAAGCAUUCAAGCCACUGUCUGGGUUCUUGUCCGCGAGGGUAAAAACAAGAACUGACGCCAAAAGACCUGGUGAAAUUCUUAGUAUGGGAUUUGGCUUUGUCGAAUUUCGUACUAGAGCUCAGGCUGAAGCAGCAAUUGCGACCAUGAAUGGGCGUCGGUUGGACGGGCAUGAAUUGCUUGUACAACUAUCGCAAAAGGUGACGGAUCUUGCAGAAGAACGGCGGAAAGAAGACAUUGCCAAGAAGCUCGACUCCAAUAAGACGAAGAUUGUCAUCAAGAACCUGCCGUUCGAAGCCACGAAGAAGGACAUACGUGCUCUUUUCGGUGCAUAUGGACAGCUGCGCACCGUACGCUUGCCGAAAAAGUUCGACAACAGUGCUCGUGGUUUUGCCUUCGCGGAGUUUGUCACACCGAAGGAAGCAGAGAAUGCUAUGGAAGCCCUUUCAAAUACCCACUUGCUUGGCCGUAGGCUUGUCCUCGACUUUGCCGAGGGCGAAGCUGUGGAUCCUGAAGCUGAAAUUCAAGCGAUGGAGAAGAAGGUCCAGCAUUCCCAGGACACAUUAACUCACCAUAGGAUGACAGGGUCAGUCCGAAAGAAGUUCAACAUCGGUGCUGGAGAUGAUGUCGAGCCGCUGUGA